GUGAAUUCGCUUCUAUCGGGAGUAACCCGCGAACCGUGUUUACCGCGAAUCGAUAAUCAUUCGAACUAUUUAUAACGGUUAAAAAAAAGAAAUUAUCGACCUAGACGACGAUUUCUCGUGGAACCGAUACAUCGAAUCGAAGUCGGCGAACACGUGGGAGAAAGAAGAAAUUGAAUUACGCGCCGAUCGUCGACUACCAGAUGACUGGGCGUCACGUGACACGAGAUUAGCCGAACGGAGCGACGACGGUUCCGUGGUUAUAAAUAGCGGCCGCCAGGGAGCGGGGAGUCUCUUUUACUUUGAACACUGUGCAUAGUGCGUAUGCUCCGCGCUCUUUCAACUAUUACGUUCCGUGGUGUGUAGGUGUCGGGGAUUCGCUCGUGAAAUUGAAGUAGGGUGUAGAUACUUGGCUCCGUAUCUUGGUCGUUUUGGUUAAUCGUUAUCCGACACCAGACGGAGUUAAACGUGUUUACGAUACCGCGGUCACGUGGCUUGUAACGUUGGAGGAAGAGCAGACGAGAGGAAAGUCCUUAACGACGAGUACAAAAAAGAAGGAAAAUGCCGGAGACCGCUCACCAUAUGAACGGAUACGCGAACGGGCACACGCCGCCCGAGCUGCAACAGGACACCAGUUUUCUCUUCACGUCCGAGUCCGUCGGCGAAGGACAUCCAGAUAAAAUGUGCGAUCAGAUAAGCGACGCUAUUUUAGACGCACACUUAAAGCAAGAUCCUGAUGCAAAAGUGGCUUGCGAAACUGUGACAAAAACAGGAAUGGUACUGUUAUGCGGUGAAAUAACAUCGAAAGCUGUGGUAGACUAUCAAAAAAUUGUUCGGGACACUGUUAAGCACAUUGGAUAUGACGAUUCGUCGAAAGGUUUUGACUACAAGCUCUGCAGUGUUCUAUUGGCGCUCGAUGCUCAGUCGCCAAAUAUUGCAGCGGGAGUUCAUGAAAACCGUAGCGAUGAAGAAGUGGGCGCAGGAGACCAGGGUCUGAUGUUUGGAUAUGCGACAGAUGAGACAGACGAGUGUAUGCCGUUAACUGUUGUCCUAGCGCAUAAAUUAAAUCAAAAGAUUGGGGAAUUGAGGCGAAGCGGUGAAUUGUGGUGGGCAAGACCAGAUUCAAAAACACAGGUGACUUGUGAAUAUCUCAUGGACCAUGGUGCAUGCGUGCCUAUAAGAGUUCACACGGUGGUCGUGUCGUUGCAACACAGUGAAAAAAUUGGUUUGGACGAGUUACGCAAAACAGUUAUGGAGAGUGUAAUUAAAGAAGUAAUUCCGGCGAGGUACCUUGACGAAAGAACGAUUUUUCACGUAAAUCCUUGUGGACUGUUCAUUAUCGGUGGACCGCAGAGCGAUGCUGGUCUUACUGGGCGUAAAAUAAUAGUGGAUACCUACGGUGGAUGGGGGGCUCAUGGCGGUGGAGCGUUUUCUGGCAAAGAUUUCACCAAAGUCGAUAGAUCCGCUGCUUACGCGGCGAGAUGGGUCGCCAAGUCCUUGGUGAAGGCUGGUAUCUGUAGACGUUGUCUUGUACAGGUUUCGUACGCUAUCGGCGUAGCAGAGCCCCUGUCGAUCACAGUUUUUGACUACGGUACAUCCAAACUCUCUCAAAAUGAACUUUUAGGUAUAGUUAAUAAAAACUUUGAUUUACGGCCUGGAAAAAUAGUCAAGGAGUUGAACCUUCGUAAUCCUAUUUACCAACAAACCAGUACGUACGGACACUUUGGCCGAGAAGGAUUCACUUGGGAGCAGCCAAAAACACUAAUUCUCGAUUGAUGAGAGCCAUAGAUUUUAAAUAAAUUUGGCGUUUCUAAUAUUGGAACGUCUACCAACUCGCUCUAAAUAUGCGUGUACAUCCCGGAAACAUUAUCCGGGACUUUUCGACCUCCGCGCUUCAUUCGCCAAGAGUCCAUCAAUUCCUUUUACCAACUUAGUACUAGCAGGAAGAACGACAUGGUAGUUUUUUCCCCCACGCGAUGAGGUACUUGGUAUUAUGUGGUAUAGUACAAAUUUCAUUGACCCCAGCACACAGGUGAGGACAGCAAGUUUUCUUUUAUUCUUUGACAAAUGAAUCCAAGUUUAUCCAUCAUCAGGUGUCAUGAAACUAUUGACAAAGGGGAAAAAAAAAAAGAUGAUGAAUUAAAGCCUAUCAUGAGUUCGUUGCCUACUCGUGCAUUCGUUAGAAUCGUGGAGGGUAGAUUGUUUACCAAAUGGCACGAUUUCUUUUUGUGGCUCGUAAGUGCUGUGUGUUAGAAAUAAUUAU